AUUGCUCCAGCACCCAUAACCAACACCACGUCCAAUCUUCCACCUUCCCUCCCGCCGUCCCACAGCGAAGCAGCCAGCCAUCAAGAUGUUUGGAGGAGGAUUCCAGAUGCCUCAGCUUUCAGCCGAAGAGCUGAGGGCUUCCGAGGCCCAGGCUUCCUACACCAUCCAGCAGGGUGCCGCCGCCGCCGCGGCCCUCUACCUCUCCCCCUUCUUUAUCAAUGCCGUUUGGAAGAUCUUCUAAGCUCGUGAGGAGGCACCCCCCUUCUUGUGUGGACUGCAUCGAGGAAUCAUUACGACCAUUACAACGCGGAUUGUACGAUUGAAACAUUGAUGAUAUCAGAGGGGUACUUUUGGGAUACGGCAUCAUGGCUAUGGUAAAUAGCGUGUGGAUAUAGACGGCGGUCCCUGCUCCAAAAAUUCUCCAUCUCUUGCGUCUUGGGCGCCAUUCGGAAAUAUCAUUGUACACCAUAUAUGUACAACUACCACGGAGGGAAUGCCAGAGUGCGCAUGCUGCAGGUGGGAGCACUAACUCUCAGCUCUGAGCCUACGGAUACAGCUAUGGUCCCUUCCGCGGCCUUUUCCCCCAACAUCCCACGCCUGCUCGGCACCAGAGUGAUCGAAGAUUGCAGUAGGAUGAUAGGCUUUAAUUAAGAAA